GAACAACACAUCUAUCUGCUGGGGAAAUGAAACCGAAACAAUCUGACUUCUUCACAGAACCACAACAUCGUCGACAGCAGAUCACUUUCGCUAUGUCUUCCGAUGAGGAUUUCUCUCUGGUUAUGCCACAGCCAUCCGAGGAAACCUUGGAGAGCAUCAAGGCUUUAAUCAACAACUGCAAGAAAAAACAUGAGCAGCUGAUCCAGGAUCAGGAGGACCUGGCCACCUGCAGGAAUGACCAGCAGGAGAUGGCUGAGCAGUUUAGGCAGCGCACUGUACAUCUGACCCAGAAAAGAAAAGAGGACCAACGCUUAUACGAAGAGCAGAUGGAAAAUGAUAAGGCUAAGCUAAAGUUGGGGCAGCAGGAAGAGAGAGACCUGGAGGAGCAGAUCCUGCAAGUGGAGGAAGCCAUAGAGGAGGAAAAAGCCAGAAACCAUCAUCUGAAACAGCAGAAUGACGUGUUCUCUGCUGUGCCUGAGCGGAAGGUCGCCUUCACCGGCUUGACAGGAAAGGACGGCGACGGACAAGAAUUUGAUAUGGAGACAAAUAUAGUUUACCCGAUGGAGGGCGGGACGGCAUUCAUUACAUUUGAGGAAGAAGUAGUGGCCAGUAAUAUCCUGAAGAUGCAGAAGCAUGAGGUGAAGGUGGGGGCAGACUGCAGGAUCACUGUGGAGGCCCGGCCAGUUCAUCUGAUGCUGCCCCGGCUGGUGGAGAUCGACUCUAAAGUGAGUUCUCAGCACAUAUUAAUCUCCAGCCUGCCCAAAAUGGAGAUUGAGCCGCUGCUCAACAAGCUGGAGAUCCACUUCUCCAAGACUAAACACGGAGGAGGAGAGGUGGAGAAGUGUGAGAUGCUGCCUGACUCCUGGACCGUGGCCCUCACCUUUGUGAAGAAUGACGUUGCCAAAGGUUUGAUAGAAACCGAGCACCAUGACGUCAAGCUGCAGGAGAAGAUGCACAGAGUUAGGGUGACUCCCUUCCUCAACGGAAAGAUUACAAACUUAGAGACAAAGAUGACUGCUUGUCCGCGAACAGUGCUGCUGACAGGAAUCCCCACCAUCAUGGAUCGGGAGACUCUGCAGGAUGAGCUGGAAAUCCACUUUCAGAGAAGCUGCCACGGCGGAGGAGAGGUUGUAGCCUUCCUCUACAACCCGCUGGGUCAGCACACCUCGGCAGUGUUUGGGGGAGCCCCCAAAAAUACAGAUAAGGAGACAGAAUAAUGUGUGAGGGUGUGUGGCGGGGCGGUCAUUAUGGAGACAAGAACACCCUGAAGGAUUAUUACACGGCCACAUCCUAAAUAACUUACUAUUACUCAACUACUACUGUUGCUUAUGCUAGGAAACAAAUACUCUACUGGAACUGCGACAAGAACAGCGUAACUUUAAAUGAAGGGCAGCACUGAUCGAUAAUAAUUAUAAUAAUAGAUUUAAUUUAUUCUUUCCACCAACAAGUCUUUAAACGAUGCCAGAGCAGCCCAUAUCGUGUUCCUGUUAGUGUUUACUUCCUAUCUGCCUUCUUCUGGGGAUUUCUCUGACUUCCAGGGGUGUUAUCGAGUAUUAACAACCUCUGAAAUGUCCAAAUUGACCAAUCAUAAUCGAGUAAUCAACCAAGCCGUGGAAUAAAUAGAAAAUACUGCUUUAUCAUGUCUGUUUUAAAAAUCUCUCAGGUUCAGGAUGAGAUGUAACGACCCUUAAUCUGUUUAAGUCUCUUUUUUGUGUGAAUGACAUUUAGUAUAUUUGAGCUGGAAGUUCUGAGGAUGAUUUAUGACCUCAAAAAACUGCCGGCCAUGUUUCUAGAACAAACGCUUUGCCACUCCUGGCACUAUUGGUGAUAUCGAUUCUGUCAUUUAUUGAACUUGAAGGAAAUAUUUAUCUUGUUUUUUUUCUAGUAAUUUUGAAAGAAUAGCAUUGAACAAUACAAUGUCAUUGAUUCCUCAUUAGCUGAUAACCCGAUCAAAGGAAUACUUUUAAAGGUUUAAUCUCAUAAACAUGUGUUGCUGUGACACUUUCCAUCUUUGUUUGUUUUGACUCAUGGAAAAUCAAAUGGAGACACAAUCAUGGUUGUAUUUGUUUACAUUGCUAUAAAUAAAACUCUUGCAUUAAACAGUAGA